CCACAGACGAAAAAAAAACUCGGUCAAAAUGCGUGUCGUUGCCAUGGUAAGCGGUGGCAAGGAUAGCUGCUACAAUAUGAUGCAGUGUGUGGCUGAGGGUCAUGAAAUUGUUGCAUUGGCCAAUUUACAUCCCAAGGAUAGAGAUGAACUUGAUAGCUUUAUGUAUCAGACCGUUGGUCACAUGGGCAUUGAAAUUCUGGCAAAGGCCAUGGGCUUGCCAUUGUAUCGUCAGGAGACCAAAGGCAAAAGUACACAGACGGGCAAACAUUAUGUGCCCACGGACAAUGAUGAGGUGGAGGACUUGUACAAUUUACUGGCCACGUGUAAGGAAGAAGUACAAGCCGAAGCUGUUGCCGUUGGUGCCAUACUCUCCGAUUAUCAGCGGGUUCGUGUGGAAAAUGUUUGCAGUCGCUUAAAUUUGGUAUCACUAGCCUAUCUAUGGAGGAGAGAUCAGACUGAACUGCUACAGGAAAUGAUUGAUUGUCAAGUACAUGCCAUAUUAAUAAAGGUAGCAACAUUAGGUUUAGUUCCUGAUCGUCAUUUAGGGAAAUCUCUAAGAGAGAUACAACCACAUUUAUUAAAAAUGCGUGAUAAAUACGGUUUGAAUGUAUGCGGUGAGGGUGGUGAAUAUGAAACAUUCACCCUAGACUGCCCGCUAUUCAAGCAACGUAUUGUGGUGGAAGAUGUUCAAACUGUUAUUAGCUCAGCCGAUCCGAUCUGCCCUGUGGGCUAUAUAAAUUUCACCAAAUUAUCGCUACAACCCAAAGAACCGCAACAGAGCUGUGAUGUAUUUGUGAAAAAAUCUCUGGACUAUAUAAGUGACCUCAAUGAAUCGACAUACAGUGACCUCAGUGAUCCCGAUCUCAGUGAAACUGAAUUGGAACUCAUCGAAAAGGAGACACGCAUGCGUGAAUCUCUCAGCCAGAAUGAAUUGAUAUCGCGCAGCAAUUCAUUUGGUCGACAUUUGGCCACCUCAUCAUCACCCAUACCGAUUGUGACGAAGAGCGCAAGCGUUGAUGAACAGACACCAUCUUCGUUGCUCUCCUCGUCGGCUGCUCUGUGUGCUGCCUCAUUGCAGGCCGGUAGUUUUGGCCCGCCACGUCCGUUGGGCAGUAGCACAGCAGCAGUUUGUGGUAGUUUGUCAUUGGCCAUAUCGUCAAUGGCGUUAACGACUACAGGCGGUUUGGCGGGUGGUAAUGCUGGUAGCGGGAUGUCAUCAUUGGCUGGCGGUGGUGGUGGGUUGUUGGGAACACAACCACCGAGUCCAUUGAAAUAUGAAAGAGAAUUCCGUCCAUUGAAUAAUCGACCAAUGGUAUCGAUAAAUAAUAAAGGCUGGAUGUGGGUUGCUGGUAUACAGGGCUGUGCUCCCACCCUAGAAGAGGGCAUGCAAAUUGCCAUUAACUCCCUACGUUCCUUGGCCAUCGAACACAAUUAUGAAAUGACUAAUUAUUGUUAUAUAACUCUCUAUGUGCGUUCCAUUAGUGAAUAUAAAAUCUUGAAUCGUAUUUACGGCCAGGCUGUAAAUUUCCAAAAUCCACCAACACGCGUCUGUGUGGAAUGUCCAUUGCCAGAAGAGUGUCAUGUUAUUAUUGAGGCCAUAGCUUUUAAAUCGCCACAACGUCGUCGUGCCACCAUUUCCAUACAAGAAUCCGAGACGGCGGAGUCCGCUGAUGUUAUGAACAGCAGUUGUAGCAGUAGUUCAAAUGAGUCCUCGCUCUGUAAACGGAAUACAAUGCAUGUACAAAGUAUAUCACAUUGGGCGCCAGCCAACAUUGGACCAUACAGUCAAUCCACCAAGAUUGGUGAGAUUACCUAUAUAUCUGGUCAAAUUGCUUUAGUACCUGGCAGUAUGACAAUCAUUGAAGGUGGCAUACGCCCUCAAUGUAAGUUAGCUCUACGCCAUAUCUCACGUAUUGCCAAGGCAAUGAAUGCCCAGGGCCAGCUACGUGAUGUCGUCCAUGGCAUAUGCUUUGUAACACAUCCAGCCUUUAUUGCCGAGGCCCGACGCCAAUGGGAACGCCGUACAACAAAUGCCAUAAUGGAUUAUAUUGUGGUGCCAGCAUUACCACGUGAAGCAUUGGUGGAAUGGCAAGUGUGGGCACAUACACACAAUGAUCGUUUUGAGUAUGAAGAGACUGGUUGCUCAAUUAGUGAUUACACGAUAUCAAUAAGAAGACGUUGGAAUUAUGAAAAUAAUUGUGCUGCUAUUGUUUGUUAUGUAUCAACAGGUAUGGCCUCCUCGACCACCCAACUAACCCAAUUAUCCGAUGAUGUCCUCACUAGCCAUUGUCGUUUGGCACAAAAUUUAACCGCUGAAAAUAUUGAAGAUAUUGUUACGUACGUUGUUAACCGUCUGCUGAAAGACUAUCCAUUGGCGAAGAGUAAUGAAAAUUUAAAUGUCACCGCCAAUUCCACAUCUUUGAAUAAUGGCUCACCGAUAAAUGCUGCCGCCGGUAAUAGUCCACCAACCAUUGCCGUACCAGCUAUACACCUAAAAGUGUUCUAUCAAGUAACGGCAACGCCAUCUAUUGAUUUACUAUUGACAACCCUAAAUGAUUUUCGUGAUAAAUAUUGUAAAACGGCCAAUAUAGCUUUUACGGUUAUACCAGCAUGCAGUUUAAAUAAUUUCAGUACUUUUCUUUCCAUUUGUGGUGUGAGACAUGAAUAG